AUAUGUACUAGGUACUACCCUAGGUACAUCAUUGUAUGCACUUGGCAGACAACAUUGAACCUGGGAAACAGACAAGGUUGGCCCAAAGUUGGAACAUUUGAAGUAGGAAAGCGGCAUCCCACCUUAUUAGCUAAGCCUUAAAGCUUCCAGUCCCAGUGAAAAAAAAGGGCUUCCCGCUCAAAAAUCACAAGCAACGUCGACGAUUCUGCGUUACCUAACUUUUAGGACUGUUUGUUGUAUGAAAUAUACACCUACCUACCUACGUAGGUAGGUAUCCUUCUUGUUUUUAUUUUCAUCCGCUGUUGUCUUCCUUUGCUGCCUGAGGCACCUCAAACAUAGAGAUUGGUUCCUGCAACAUCGCUUUACGGUACCCUUACAUACAUCCAGUAGCUCUUCUAUUGUUGCCUUCCAGCUUGUCUUUUACGCCACUUCCUACAUCACGAUUUUACGAAAACAAAAAACGAACCGCCUCAAGCUUCGAGCUUCCAUGCUUCACCGAUAAAUAUUCAAAAAUCUUUACAUCACAGGGGUUCGUGUACGUACGUCUUCAAGAUGGCGACCUCAAAUAACCCUACAGAAGAUGCCAUAACUAUGUUUUGUGACAUCACUGGGCUAUCUUGGGACGAAGCUAUCACGCGGUUGAAGGCGAAUAACAACGACCUCCAACGAGCCAUCGAGGAGCACCUCGAAGAUCCCACCAGCCAGAAGUAUAAAUGGGACGAGUCGCAGUUUAGCACGGAUCGCCAUGGCGAGUCCAAUGAUCCAGGGAUAUCUUUCAAUAUUCAAGGCCCCGACGAGCUUCCGCCUCAUAACUACUCGAACAAUGCUGCACCAACGAGACCACCGUCACGAGCCAAUAACCCUUCACCUUUUGGUGCACCAGCCAAUGCUGCAGAAGAGGAUGCCAACCUGGAGCGAGCGUUAGCCGAAUCUGCCGCCCAGUCUGGAAUUCAACUCCAAGAGUCUGGUAUUGUCGAUAACGAAACGAACCUUACAUACUUUGGUCCAGCAAAUCGGCCCGACUACGAGACGGAACAAUGGGCUAUGAUCCCUACUAAAGCAACCGCUGAUCCUGUAAAGGCUGAGCCGAAUCCAUCCGCUAGAAAACGUGAUGAUGAAGCUCCUUCGUUUCUCCGACAGACCAGAGACCACCGAGUCGGCUAUUUGUUGUCCAUUCUCCACAAGAUACCGCUCGUUAGAAACGUCCUUGUCCAAUGCGGACAGCCAGCGAAAAACUAUGGGCACAAUACGGAAUGGUGGAAGGGUCAACCGAUUCUAAAACAUGAGCACCUGGCUGCAAUGGCGAGAGGAGAGACAAUUUGGGGCGAUGACGCACAUCCCGAGUUUACAGAGGAGCUUCAUCGUCUGAUGGCAUUCCUCGACCAAACAGAACGAAGUUACGGAACUGCCGAUGGACUUAUCGAUACUAAGGCAAUCGACCCGAGCUUUGGAACCUGGCUCCCUGAUGUUGAAGAACGACUUUUCGAGGCACUAAAGGACGAAGUUAAGAACAAUCCAGCCUGCGAUAUUGGCCCCCUAACAAGCGUUGGCACGAUAUUGCCGUGCGCAUCGCCACAGGGUGAAUCGCCUCAGCCAGAAGGUGAUGACGACAACUUUCUGGAUGAUGAGCGGGACUCGCCGUUUGUGUUUCUAGAUGUGCAACUAGACUAUGAACAAUACGGCUGGGUAAACACCUUUUACGACGCUAUCGACCAUUUGCUCUGGACACAUGCGUUAACACUUGAUCACACUUUCCCAGAAGAUGCUAGCUAUGCUGUUUUGACUAAAGCUGCAGAGGUCUUGACGGUUCGGCUGAGCGGUACCGGCUUAGUAAAGCCCUGUGAGAUACCGGCCGUGUUUUACGCGGAUCGCUACUUGAGGGAACGAAAAGAGUUGGCUUUGAAGUUGCAGACUCAUAUGCGUCAUAUCAAGAAACAAUUGCGGUUGUAUGACUUACUCAGGGCGGACCGAAUACGAUGCCAUGGCCAACGCUGUCAUAUUGUAAAUGGACUUGCGAAUGGCCCACAUGACCUCUUUUCUUGCCUGAAGGGAAUGAUCCGGUAUGCCGAAGAAUUAAUAAGACGCCAAACCAGGACUGCACAGUGGCGCCAUUAUUAUGAGGGAAUAGAAAAGGACAUCGAACUUAGUCUCGACGAUCUUCUUGACAUUCACACUUGGAGCGGCCCCUACACAUUCCUUCCCCAAGAGGAGGAGGCGAUAAAAACAUGGCAAGCCAUCGUAGGUGAUUGCCACGACAAACUCAAUGAAUUGGAGAAAGACUUGGCCGAGUUUGACGAUGCUAAGGAGACAUACUACCAUUCUAUGAAGGUUAUUACCAAACGUUUAACAUGCCAGGAACACGAAGUUGAUGACGAUGAAUUCGUGUUUCGUUCAACUCCUGCGUACCAUCCAGAGUAUUGGAACCCUACUCAUAAAUACUCCCUGAGAGGUGUUGCGCUCACAAAUGAAUUGGCGUAUGUUUGUGUCCGGCGAGGCGCCAAUUCGACGGACACUGAAGGAGUGUCCGAGCCCGAAGAUCAAUGGUGGAAAAUUGGGUUCACCUCCGGUGGUGCUUCUCCGGCCAAACCCGAGAAAGCAAUUCUAGAAGACGUGCUCCAUGCGGCUGGGACUGAGUCUAAGUUCCCCAUCCUCGUCUAUGCUUCUGAGGCUGCUAUGGAGACCAACCCUCUACCAUUAUCAGAUGCUUUGCGGAUGUUUGUGCGAGCCGACAAUCGAUCGUUUCAGCAGGAGCUGGCGAAAGAACAGACCGAAGGCCCAAAUCAGGCCCAAAAUCAAGAUCAGCCAUCCCAGAUCAACUUAACUGCGCCAUCAGGUCUAACGGGUGAAAAUCUCGCUCAUAUCCCAGGCUCUGAGUAUUGCAAUCGAAGACAUGGCAAUUCGUCAGUGGCAACUCAUGCCAGCUCCCGUGACGGCUUAAGCGAUGUUAAUCUGGCUUUCAAUGAGCACGAUGAAUUUCACAGCUAUCAGCCAUCAAGUGGAUCUGCCAGUGAAUACGUUCAUAGCGACAUCCUUUCUAAUAAUAAUGAUGACUCCGCUAUUGGCGUAGGACUAUGGAGCACGAAGCAACAGGAACCAGGAUUGGAAAAUUCUUCUUGGGAAAAGAAGCCCGACGUUGAUCAUGGCAGCAUGGAAGAGACGCAGACUUUGGACGUCGGCACACCCUCAUCUAAACCGCCCGAGAUGCAGGAACUCGCUACUGGUUCUACACCAUUUCUGAUUCGUCCCAGCAAUAUUGCCUCUCAGAGUAGUAUUGGUGACAUGAUGGAUGUAGACUUGGAUGCAGAACAUCACGAAGGAUAAUCAAACCGAUAAAUGAAUGGACGCAUUCCCAGAUGAGUACAGUCUGAAUCCUACCUAGGUUAUGAAUUAUUGAGUUAUGAGAUAGUAAGGUGUGCAUGGCUAAGGAUAAGGAUAUUCCACGGAAGGCAUUGGUCGAGCAGGCUGGUUGGGGUUUCGAUUACAGAGAAGGGUAUGGUGUAUAUGAUACGCAUUACCUUAAAUGCGUAACUUGCUUUUUUUUGAGGUUGCGAGGUUGAGGUUUAUGGCCUUUGCCUCUAGCCUCUACGAAUCAUAUGUCCUUCCAGAGGCCGUGUAUAAUAAGUAGUAGCAUCGAUGGACUUUUCAUGAUACCCCCAAGGUCAGAAAAUAAAACCAAUACGAAACCAACACGAAUGAAAGAUGAGUCUGCCUACUAGGGUAGAUAAAUAACCUAUAUACCAAGUACUAUCUAUAUGUAUGCAAGCAAUAGUUCGUUGUGUUACGGAUCCUACAAGUUGGAAAAGGGG